ACGUUUAGCUAAGGUUUUUGUCGUGGAAUGUCAAUUGGAAAAAAAUUAUUUUUCUUUAGAAAAAAUAAUAAUUAAUUGAGAAAAAAAACAUUUAUUGUCUCGAAUUGUACAUUAUAUAUAAAAAAGUGUUUGUGAAAAGUAUUUGCGAACGUCUUGCAAUGAUUACAUGUGUUUGACUUAGGUUUGAGCUUCAGAAGAAAGCAAGUGAAAAAACAAACGAGAUUGCAACACCAUCAUUAUUAUAUUGCAGGCAAUCGUAUUUAAUUCCAAUAUACACAGACUAAAAUCAGAAAGGGGAGAAAAAGUAAAUAAUAGAAAAAUCACAAACGAAAUUAAAUAAUUAUUUGGGUGAUUUGGGGGCUUUUGAUAAGCUAGUGCUGUUAAAAUAUGAAUCGUUCCGAUGGCUUAGUGAGACGUGCCGUGCGUGUCCGAGAAAACGGUGCUGAUUCUGGCAAUGCGUCCGGAAACGCGAACACUCCCGAUGAUAAUCAAGAACUAAACGACAAUAAAGAUCAAGAGGAUAACAUAGACGAUGGCGAUUCCAAAGAGACACGUUUAACGCUGAUGGAAGAGGUGCUGCUGCUGGGCUUAAAAGAUAAGGAGGGCUACACAUCCUUUUGGAAUGAUUGCAUAUCGAGUGGUCUUCGUGGCUGCAUUCUCAUUGAGCUGGGCAUUCGAGGUCGUAUUAUGAUGGAAAAAUCCGGUAUGCGCAGACGUGGAUUAUGUUCAAGAAAAGUCAUAUUGAAAUCGGAUCAACCAACUGGAGAUGUUUUAUUAGAUGAAGCUUUAAAGCACAUAAAAGAAACAAAUCCACCAGAAACAGUUCAAAGUUGGAUUGAGUAUUUAAGUGGUGAGACCUGGAAUCCCUUAAAGUUGCGUUACCAAUUGAAAAAUGUCAGAGAACGUUUAGCUAAAAAUUUGGUCGAGAAAGGAGUUUUAACAACAGAAAAACAGAAUUUCCUCCUCUUCGAUAUGACAACCCAUCCACUCAGUGAUAAUGUGGUGAAAUGUCGCUUAGUGAAAAAGAUUCAAGAUUCAGUUUUGUCAAAAUGGGUUAAUGAUGCGCAGCGCAUGGACAAGCGCAUGUUGGCCCUUAUAUUUCUGGCUCAUGCGAGUGAUGUUAUCGAAAAUGCCUUUGCCCUUCUCAACGAUGAUGAUUACGAAGUGGCCAUGAAGCGUGUCAGAGAAUUGUUGGACUUGGAUUUCGAAGCCGAAGCGGCAAAACCAAAUGCCAAUGAAAUUCUUUGGGCAGUUUUUAUGGCUUUUACUAAAUAAAAUCAAAUUUUUUAACUAAGUAAUAAUAUUUUUCCAUUUUGUUUUUUUUUCUCUUACAAUUUAUGUUUAAAACUAGAAAAUUAAAAUAAUAUAUAUACAUACAUAUAAACAAACAUAUACACUAAUAUAAAUAUAUAUAUAUAAACAUAUUUUCCAGAAAGAAAGAAAGAAAGAAAAAAAACGAAAUCGCAACAACAAUGCCACACUUAUGUAAAACUCUGAAACUUCUGUUUCCUGUGUCUUGUAUUUUAUUAUUAUUAUUAUAAUUUUUAUCUAAACGAAUCACACUCUCUUAGUUCUGCAAGAUUUUUAAAAUAUGUGUAUAAUUAAUUAGUAGAGCAGAUAAGAAAUGAAGCAAACCAUUUUUAAAAAGUUAAACAAAACAAAAAAAAAACAAAACGAAACAAAGUUUUAUAUAUAUAUAUAGUUUUUGAUAGUAAGCAAACCCGAAAAAAAAACAAACAGAAACAAAGAAAAUAAAAUUGAUAAAAAUAUCACAUAUAUUAUAUUAAAUGGUAAAGAAAAAUUUAUUAAACACAAAACAAAAGAACCGAUCACUGUAUGUAUUAUUAUUUAUCCUUUUUUAUAUAUACAUAAGUAAAUUAGUAUUGUUUAAUAUGCAAAUCAGAAUGCAAUAAGAAAACAAAUUGUUUUAAGGCAUGACGACAUCCCAAUGAUGUCCUUCAUUGCUAAACGUUGGUAAAAAAAACAAACAAACAAUAAACAAUUAACUAGUUUAUAACCCCGCCCCUUUUUUCCAUCUCUGAUUUGAGCUAAUAGCCAGUUCAAAAAAUAAAGUUAUAAACAAGCCAA